UUAAAAUUUUGUAUUAAAUAGGCUGUGAAAUUCUAUCCCACCUUGUAUGUGCUAAAUCUUAAAAAGAGUUGCAUUGUUUCAGGAGGUAAAAAUGAAUUGGAGCAGUUGGCACCCUGUGUUGCUAUGUCUUCUGAGUUUCAGCUGCAGUGCAAUAAGUGAAGAAAAUUACAUCCAUGAAUUAGUAAAGAAUCAAACAGGAGUGACAACUGAUCUCAACGUGCAAGUAGACUACUGCCCUACUGACUGCAGUUGUAACCUGGAUGGAACUGUGAACUGUGCUGGGGUGGACCUAAAGGAAUUUCCCAAGAACUUAUCGCAAACGAUAUUACAUCUGUCUUUGCAGAACAAUGCUUUGGAAGUGAUCCCACUGGAGGAGUUAUCAAGGCUGCAGAGUCUGGAAACUUUUAACUUGCAGAAUAAUCGGCUUACAUCUAAAGGUCUUCCUGAUGAUGCAUUCCGCUCUCUUAAGAAUUUGCUGUAUUUGUACCUGGCAAACAAUAAGCUAACAGUUGCUCCAAAAUACCUGCCGAAAACCUUGAUGAGUGCAGAUCUUGCAGCUAAUUACCUUACAAAGAUAUACCCUCUCACUUUUGGGCAAAAACCAAAUCUAAGGUCUAUCUAUCUCCAUAACAAUAAACUGACAGAUGCAGGAUUACCUGAUCAUAUGUUCAAUGGAUCUGAUGGUGUUGGAAUAUUAAUCAUGUCCAGUAAUUUCCUGAAGUACGUUCCCAAGAAUUUGCCAAAAGGGCUGUUCAGAUUACAUUUAAAAAACAACAAACUGGAAAAGAUUCCAAAGGGAGCUUUUGAUCAUCUUUUGAAUCUCCGUGAACUAUACCUUCACAAUAAUUACAUAACCAAUGAAGGAAUGGACAAUGAAACAUUUUGGAAACUGUCAAGCUUGGAAUACCUGGAUUUGUCGAGCAACAAUCUGACUCAAAUACCACGAGGGUUACCUCGAAAUAUUAUCCUUCUACACUUGGAGAAAAAUGCCAUUAAGUCAGUACCUGCUAACUGGCUGACACAGAUAAAAAAUCUUGAAUACCUCUUGCUUCAUAAUAACAAGAUAAGAGCAAAAGCAAUUCACCCUCUUGCAUUCAAGGGGCUUAAAAAGCUCCAUACCUUUCACCUCUACAAUAAUUUGCUUGAAAGAAUCCCAAGUGGCUUACCGCGAAGGGUGAAGACGUUAAUGCUCCUCCACAAUCAGAUCUCAGAAAUUUCCAGAAAUGAUUUUGCUUACACAUAUUUUUUGACAGAACUUAAUUUGAGUUACAACAAACUAACAAGUCCAAAAAUCCACCCUGAAGCAUUCCGGAAAAUGAGACUGCUUGAAUCGUUGGAUUUUUCUGGAAAUAACCUGAAUGUAGUGCCCAGUGGCCUGCCGAAGAAUUUGCACAUAUUGAAGCUAAAGGAAAAUGAAAUCAGCUCAAUUCCUGAAGGCUCACUCUCAGGAAUGACAAAACUUAAGGAGCUCUUCCUAAGUAAUAACAAACUUAAACUGAACUCGGUCUAUUCAGGAGCAUGGAAACAACUGCCUGCACUCCAGCUUUUGGAUUUAUCAGGCAAUCAGCUUUCCCAUAUUCCUACUGAUCUGCCAGAGUCUCUUCAGUAUGUUUACCUUCAGAACAAUCAAAUUUCUGUCAUUCCAGAGAAUGCCUUUGAAUCCACGCCUAACAUCAAAGGGAUUUUUCUUAGGGACAAUAGUCUCACAACAACUAGAGUGAAAGUAUUUGAAAAGCUGAAGUUCUUACAAGUACUGGAUAUGGGCCCCUACACAGAGUCCACUUCCACAUCCACAAAGGAAAAUGGCACCUCAGAAGACAAUUCAGAGAAUGAUUCUGACCAAGCUAUUCAGAAUGACAAGUAAUCACCCACGAACAAUAAUCAAGACAUUUAGCAUUGUAUUUUCCAUAUACAAAGGUUGUGUAUGUGUAAUCUAGCCAUUAUUACCUCUCUUCCUACAACUUUAAGCUCAUUCCAGUCUACGUACCCAGUGAUGCCUUAGCUCCCAGUUGUUUUUCACCUCUUUUUCUACUCACUCAUUUCAUUCAACUACAUCUUUGGUAUUAUCUCAUUCCAGAUCAAGUAUUCAAUUUCACCUCCCCAGCCUCACUCUUGCUGUUGUUAUCAUCCUGAAAAAUAAUUGAGACAUUAAGCAUUCUGUUUUCAUGCACAAAUGUUGUGUACGUCUGCCAUCCAAAUCUGUGUACCCUUUUAUCACCCUUAAAAAAGUCUUCUUAAUUUACAGAUUUCUAAUCCUCUAGUUGUUCUUCACUACCAGUGUUGUUUUACGUCCAUAGUGUCUCUGCUCCUUACCCAAUGAUCCCAAAUCCAGUUUAUUUGCUGCCAAACUAUGAUAAUUAAAGAGUCAAGUAUAUAUUUCUCCUUAUGUCCACAGCCUCCUAGGUCUUUCUAACAUUAUCAACAAUAUUGACAUUUAAUCUUCCCAAAAUAUUCUAAUAUACUCUCUGCUACAGGGAUGACGUCUCAUGAACUUCUCUCAAUAUUGGUAUUAUCUGUGUACAAUGCCACCUCCUCCUCUGUUCAGCUAAUCACUUCUGGGUCUGCCUUUCAUUCAUGACUAUAGCAUUACUAAAAUUUAAGAACAAAGUUUGUUUCCAUAAUCUGUUUCUGCCUCUUCUAUUUCUGAACCAAGGGUGAUUGCUUUUGGUUUUGAAAUUGCCUGUGAGAUAUUAUUUGGGCCAAAGCUUCCCCUAGCUGAGGCUCUCGUGCCCCCAUGUCUCUGGCUUCCGUUCCCUCACCCUCUUUAUCAAUAUCUCAAAAUAAAUCAAAUGUGAAAAAUUGCCAUUCCAUUUAGUCCUGAAAUAAAAAGAGAAAAUUCUGGAAAGAGUCAACAAGCAUGUAAACAUCGGUGGAGAGAGAAACAGAGAUAAUGUUUCAGAAUUCAACAGAAAUUUAACAUUUUCCAUUUAACAGAAAUGAGGAAAUUUAGAAACCAUGAUUUGGACUGCAACAAAGGGAGCGGAAUGCAGAGAACAAAGGGGAUAUGUGCAUUCGAGACCAAGGGAAACAGAGUGACUCAAAAGUAGUGAUGAAACUGGCUAAGAGAUUGGGUGAAAGGAUGAUCCAAGUGAAGAAGGAUGUAGAGGAGAUGGAUGAAGCAAAGGCAACAGACAAAACAGAGAUUGGUUUUCACCACUGUAAGAAAAGAAAUGUAUGCCCAGUGGACAACCUCUAAAGAUUUGUAAACCUAUUACUGCUGCAGGUUGAUGACCCUUUCAUCAGAACUGGUCAGCUCUGAUGCAAACUAAAAGAGCUGGCGAUUGCAAAUGGUGAAAUUCUACUUGAUACCUACAGGCUGCAGCUGCCUUGUUGGAAUGCUGAUCCUCGAGACAUCAGGGUUGAGGUACAAUGGAAUGGAAAAUUAGAGUAACUAAGAACUAAAAGCUCAACAUGUUUUUCUCUCCACAGAUACUACCUGACCUCUGUGUAUCUUCAAUAUUUUGUUUUUAUUUCAGGCUUGCAACACCUGUCCCUCCUUCACCACUGAUUCUCUGAAAUCUUUGUAACAAUUCUAAUCUCAGUUUCCAUCUGUAGCGUUCUGUUGGCAAAAUCCUGAUACGUGCCUAAAUUAUUUCUUACAUUUGCCUCCCCUCCCUCCCCUACUGUAGCUGGAUUUCCCAUCUGUUCUCCACAAGAUUUAUGAGAUCAAAUACAGUCCAUGUUUUUACCAAGAUUAGGUCUCGAUCCCCCAUCAUCUGCUGCCUCCAAGCUUACAAAACGUCUGUGUCCUAAAUAUUCUUAAGGAUUUCCCAUCAUCAUAUUCUUCCUGCCAUCUGUUUUAAUCCAGUGCAUAACUACACAACUGAAAUACCUGCUCUCUCCUCAAUAUUUACAACUUUAUUGCACCACAGAGGUUGCUGAAUGUUUAUACCAAGCUGUUUUGCCUGCCUUCCUCCCCCCUUCAAUCUCACCAUCACUUUCUAGUCUCACCACUUUACUUCCCUUUUGUCAUGUUCACAUCCACAAUUCUUUCCUUCAUCAGUGUAAGAUACUGAGACACCUUUUGUAAUAAAAAUAUGGUUUAAAAUAUGGUUUGUUUGCAGGGGAAGACAAUGGUGUUUGUCAGAAGAUAAUGGCUGAAUUGCUGUUACUGUACUUUUAUAAAUAAACCAGCUGAUUGUGUUUAUAUCCAUGUUAAUUAGAAUAAUCUAACAGUUAUAUAUCUUAAUUCUAAAUUUCAAAGGUUAAACUUCUUUUAUUGAAUGCACCUAUCCUUUGAAGGAUUGUUCUACAAUCAUGAACGCUGCAGCUUAAAGGAAUCCAUCCAGUCCACUGUUCCUGUGAUGAGGAGACAUUCUUAAUUUACUCUGACUGUUGAUAUAGAUCAGGGGAUUCCAACCCCUUCAUGCCAUGGACCAAUACAAGUACACAAGGGGUCUGUGGACCCCAGGUUGGGAUCUCUUGAUAUAGAUAAUACCUAUCACAUGAGAAUAUUACAAGCAUUUAAUUUUGACGAUAAAAUUUAUUGUUUCUAAUUAGAUUUUAACUGGGUGCAUUUAGCCUGGACGUUGAUUUUCAAUAGGACUGGUUGAGUAUUUUACGGUCUUGGUGACAUGUUAGAAAUGUUAUUAUGUGUGUACAUCAUUUAUUAAAAGAUA